UGUUAAGUGAAAAAUAACUGAAUUGGUUGGGGGGGGGGGGAGAAACAGAGAGAUCUAUUUAGGAAAAAAUAUUUAGAAGAUCAACUUAGUGAUACAGUUCUGUCAUUUCAGCUUUACUCUAACAUACCCACAAUAACUGUUUGGUUUGCUCUGUAUCUGUAUAUUUUUUCUUUCAACAAAAUGCAUUCUUGUCUUAAUCCAGUGCUUGCAGGUUAAGCGAUUCAGCAGGUCCAUAGAUCUCCAUAUUUGCUAUUCCUUGCAAAUCCAGUGCCUGAUUUUACCCCACCACACUUCCUUACAAGUCCUUAGAAAUGGGAACUCUGCUGUUACUCAAAAAGGAGGUUUAAUUCCAAACUCUUGCAUGCUCUUUUUAUCCUAAUGUCUGUAAAUCUCAUCUAAUCAGCAAGCUAGGCAAACUCUGUUGUUCAUUCCUGUUCUAUUAAACACAAUCAGCUGCAGGUUAAAUUAGCAUUUCUAAUACUUGUGGAUAGAUUUUAGUGUGUAUGUAUGUAUGUUUGCACCUAUAUCUCUACAUGUGUGUAUACCAGUAAACAAAAUAAAGACAUAUAGCAGCAGUAAGUCCAUAGGAAGUUGCAAUAGUCAAAAUUAAGUUUCAAACAAACACAAUUUAAACUUGAUUUUAAUCUUGGCAUAUAAGCCUGCUAAAUAAAAUUAAUAUUGUAGAUAUAAGGUGAAACCAACUCUGCUGUAGUGAUACCAGUUUCCAACAUCUCGGUCAGUCUUUGGACUCCUGUUGGGAUCAGCAAAGAAUGUCUGUCUGCUCUUGUGAUGAGAUUGUUAAAUGAAAAAACAACUCAGUUGCGACAAAAUUGUAUUAGAAUUUGUAAGAAACUUAAUAUGCUAUCAGCAAAUAAGUGUAAUCUCUCUUAAGCUUGUAGACUUAGUCUUACUGACUUACGAGCUGCCCACAUACUUCCUUAGCAAUUGCUGCAGUUGAUUCGUGAAUAAAAGAAGCCACAGGUAGGCCAGGCGCUUCAUGUUGGAGGUAAGCUGCAAAUGAAGAGUACAUUCAGCCACCUGUCUCUGUCAUCCCUGUCCCUCUUUGUCCUUUUUUCCCCUCCCUUUGUUUAAUUGGUAUUGGACUUAAGGAUCAGCAUGUUAAAGAAUUACACUUCUUUGAGCAGUAGUCUUCCAGACGAGGCCUGUACCGAACAUACAAGCAUCUGAAACCUGAUAUUGCUGGACAGUGAAUUACAAGGAAAAACCAUAUCGUGGUCAAAGCUAGUAAAACAUGGGUUUAAUUAAAGGCAGAAAUCAUGAUGUCAGUGAAUAGCUGUGAUUGUUACCAGGCAGUAUUUGCCUUCCUGCAGGUGGCUGCUACGAAUCCUCCUACACAGUCACAGGUUUACGUAUUUCAAAGAGCAGCCUUUGUAUUUCCCAGAUCAAUUGAUCCUAUCUACUGAAAGAAGAUGGAGUGUCAGAAAUCUUCUAUAAAAAGAAACAAAUUCUCCUGAAGAGCAUUGUUAGAAAGAAAUGGCUUUUAUUGCUGGAGGAUGUAUUAAUGAUUUUUUAGUUCAAAUACUUGUGUAUGUGUGUAGAAACAAUUUUCUUUUUAUUUUGGAUUGCAAGCCAGUUUCAGAGAAGCCAGAAGGUUGUCUCUCCUCUGUCAAUAUUUGUGACUGGUUAAUGAUCAACCUCUUGACCUCAUGGAUGUUCCUGGUGUGCAUCCAAACAUCUCCUCUGUCUUCCCCUAAAAAUAAAAAAUAAAAGAAAGAAGUGAGUAUAAAUGCAUGCUUCUCUGUAAAAGGGAAUGAAUUCUGAGCCUGUUUUUUGGAAGGUGACACAGAUACCAAAGAGUCUGAUCCCCCCUUGCUGGUUUUGUGACCAUAUACCAAUUUCAUUCACCUCUCCCCUCUGAAGGAAAGUCAGAGUUUCCCGAAUGCUCAGUAAAAUGGAGAGCAGUUCCUCGCUUGUGAUGUUUCUCCUAUUAAUGUGCUCUGUCAACAGCAGCUGUCCGUAUUCAGUGUUCGUGACAAGAGACAAAGCACACGAGGUGCUGAAAGUCCAGAAGCGUGCUAACUAUUUUCUGGAAGAGAUUCGUCCAGGGAACUUGGAGAGAGAAUGCAAUGAGGAAACGUGUUCGUUUGAGGAGGCGAAGGAGAUCUUCCAUUCACAGGAGAAAACGAUGGAGUUUUGGUUCAAUUACAAAGGUUUAAAUCCAUGUAGUACAAAUCCCUGUAAGAAUGGUGGAGUCUGCAAAAUACGACACUACAAUUACUUCUGCAUCUGCCCCCCAAAAUUUGGAGGAGACAACUGUGAAGAAGAAAAGUUCGAGUGCUGGUAUAAGAACGGUGGGUGCUGGCAGUACUGCAGGGACAGCAGUCGCUCCUUCCAUGUGGAAUGCUCCUGCGCAAAGGACUACGCCCUGCACGAGGAUGGGAAGAGGUGCGUGCAAGCAGGACCCUUUCCGUGUGGCCUGAUUAAAGCCAGGCAUGCCAUGCGAGAGGAGGCUCUGGGGCAAGCAAGGAUCCCAAGGGAGCUGAGUGAGAGCAGGAUCGAUGUGGCCACAUGGAAUGAGAGCACGGAGGGCACAGCCAAACACUCUGAGAUGGAGCUAAGCACUGCCAGGGAAAAUGAAACAUUAAAGGAUGUGUCUGAGCAAAGCACAAUUACGGAGGAUGCUGCUGGACCAAAGGAGGUGGGAGUAGAUGCUUCCAGCUGCACCAAGACACCGGUGGACUCAGGUACCCAGAAGCAGCUGGGGCAGGAGGGUGCUGCCCCUGAGCACGCAGCCAUGGAGGGGCCAGCCAGGCCUGGGCUGCGGUGGAGUGAGCUGCCCCAGGGCCCUGCACAGCACAAUGAGACCACAGCAGCUGCUGCCAGGCAGGAAGAAACAGUGCAAAAUGCUUCUGGACAGAACCAAACAGGGCAGAGCAUGGGCCAAAACGAAACUGGGGCAAUUCAGACCAUGUGCGAUGGGCUUAAUGAGAGCAGGGGCGCCACAAACGCUUCAGGCGAGGCUCAGCACAACCAGCCAAACAGCAGCUCUACCUCAGAGCACAACGGCUCCAGGAUAAGUGGAGGAACGUUGUGUCAUCGCGGACAUUGCCCCUGGCAGAUGAAUGCCCGUCUACUCCUCCUUCACUCUUUUGAGCUCCGGUCAUUUGUUUUGAUCCGAAAUAGCGGAGGAAACGGUUUUUGUGGAGGGAGCUUAAUCAACAGCCGCUGGGUGGUCACAGCUGCUCACUGCCUUGAUCUCGUUAGGCCACACCAUGUUACUGUGGGUGACUUUGACAAGUAUCGCAGAGAACUGCAUGAACAGAAGAUUGGUGUGGAACGGAGCUGGACUCACCCGCAUUACGACUCGAAUGACUACAAUAAUGACAUCGCCUUGCUGUACUUGAGCAGUGAUGUUGUGUUUAACGAGUACGUGCUCCCCAUCUGCCUUCCCAGCCCUAACCUGGCAGCGCUGCUGUCCGAGGAAGGCACCGUAGGGAUGGUAAGCGGCUGGGGUGCCACUCACGGCAGGGGUUCAACCCUGCGCUUCCUGAUGAAAGUCAGGCUGCCCAUUGUAAGCAUGGACACGUGUCAGCAGGCAACAGACAGAAUCCUCACCGAUAACAUGUUCUGCGCAGGCUACGCCACUGAGACUGCAGAUGCCUGUAAGGGCGAUAGUGGUGGCCCUUUUGUAGUACCUUACCACAACACCUGGUUCCUUUUAGGCAUUGUAAGCUGGGGCGAGGGCUGUGCUGAAAAAGGCAAAUAUGGUGUGUAUACAAGAGUAUCCAAUUACAUUGCGUGGAUUAAAGAGACUGUUGACAGUGUAGCAGAUUCAGAAAAGUUUUCAAUUAACUUUUCUUAAUAGCAUCUUUUAAAAAAGUGAUUUUUUUAUUAGUGUUUCAGUCUGAGACACUAUUCAGUUCCUGUCCUUAGUGAACAGUUAAGAAUGAACAAUUUAACAAACUAUGGUAAACAGAGACUCAAGCAUUAUUAAGCAAAAUACUUACGUAUAAUAAAGAAUUGAUCCUUUAAGUACAAAGGAGACAACUGCAACUUUUUGUUUAUGUAAAGUUCCAAACAAACCCAAACCUUCCUAAGAGGUUGUACUUUUGCUGUUGUUACUUGGUUUUGUUUGGUUUUUAGAGCAAGAUAAACCUUCUGCUUCUCAAUAAUACAUUCACAUCACAAAAGCAAGCUAAGGGUCCUGUAUGUGAAUUAGUCCCUUUAAAAAUGACAUGCUUUUCUCAUAGUGUUUGUUCUAUAGUUAUGAAACACCAUGCUGGAUACAGUAGUUAGUUAAGGAUCUAUGAGGUUUUAUCAUGUGUGCAACUGUUACUUUAAAUACAAUUCAUUUUACUAAAAUACAAAUGCUUUCUGAUACAAAAA